UUCACAUCAUCAAGACGUACAGUACUCGCUAGCUAACAAACCCGCAGUCGUUAUCGUUGUUGUUGUUGGUGGUCUUUAAAUAUGGACAAAUUGAAGACUGGAUGGUUCAGCGAGUUCACUGACUUGUUGCCGGGUAGAAGUUUUUCCAUGGAAGUGGAACAGGUCUUGCACAAGGAACAGUCCAAAUAUCAGGAAAUAUUAGUCUUGAAAACCAAAUCGCAUGGCGUCGUACUGGUACUUGAUGGAAUGAUUCAGUGCACGGAAUUCGAUGAGUAUUCUUAUCAAGAAAUGAUUUCUUUUUUGCCACUCUUCAGUCACCCGAAACCGCAGAGGGUGCUAAUCGUAGGCGGUGGUGAUGGAGGGGUUGCAAGGGAAGUAGCCAAACACCCAUUGGUCGAAAUCAUUGACCAAGUGGAAAUCGAUGAACGCGUAAUCGAAUUGUCUAAAAAAUAUUUACCGUUCAUGGCUAAAGGAUUCGACAGUCCCAAAGUCAACCUGUAUGUAGCUGACGGUUUUAAAUUCAUGGAAGAACACUUUCAGUACUACGACGUCAUUAUAACUGAUUCUUCUGAUCCCAUCGGUCCGGCUGUUUCGCUAUUCCAGAGGUCUUACUUUGAAUUGAUGAAACGCGCACUUCGGGCCGGCGGCAUCGUGUGUUCGCAAGCAGAUACUUUCUGGGGACAUUUGAAAAACGCGGCGUCGAUGCGCAACCAUUGCAAAGAAGUAUUCGCCAAAGCGGCAUACGCGACGUCGUACGUGUCCACUUACCCGGCGGGUCAGAUUGGUUUCGCACUCGGCAGUCUUGACGAGAAUAUCAACUUUUUAAAUCCGGUGCACCAGUUGACUAAUCAACAACGGAAGGAUAUGAAGCUUCGUUACUACACUACCGACAUUCAUAAAGCGGCGUUUGCACUGCCCGCGUUUGUCAUUGACGCUUUGGACGACGUCGAAAACAAUUUGUAA